UGAAGCAAAAGUGACAACUGGAGGGAUCCGUUUCGUUCGACGCAGCCGUGCUGUUGCACAUUAGUAUUGAUAUUCUCUUGACUAUCGCUCGUUGCGUGAAUAAACAUGCGAACACGGAACCAGAGACAAGACGGUGCAGAUGAUAUUAUGAGCAAAGUCAAUGCCACUGACAGUCGUCAUCGCCGACAGGAUUCUAAUAUCAAAGACAACGAGCAAACACCAAUCGUCCUGCCAAACAGAUCCAUCGACGGCUUUACUGACGACUCAUUCCGUGUAACGCAGACACGAAAGAGAAUUUUGCGGCAAGGUGUUGCUCCACAAGUAGCGGAAGGCAGUGGAGACUGUGAGCAGAAGGAAAAAAGCAAGACUCGUGGUAAAAUUAGCAGACUUGGUGCAGCUGGCUUUUACCUAAAAGCGUGUCAUCAAUCGGGAUAUGUAUUACAAGCAAUAACGUGGGCCAAAGCUCGUCCGUUUGUUGUCGGAGCCAUGCUAUUUUCCAUUCCUUUUAUUUUGCGGCCGUCUCGCUUUGGGCGGUUCUUAAGCUUUAUUGGCCUGAUGCGUUGGUACCCCGCGUAUUUUGGAAACCAUCCAAUAGCGGGAGGUCCGUUAGGCCGUAAAAUCGAUUACAACUAUCUUACCAAAGUAUACGAAAGGACUAAACGAGAAAAUCAAGAGAAGCUGGGAAAAUUGGGGAUUACAGAGCUGCCCUAUAUUGAAACAUUGAAUGCAAAGGAGCAAAUCAACGUUUUGAAUUUGAACACGCGAGCGGCGAUACGAGAACUUUUAGUUCGACGAGAAAGACGUGCUGUGAUGUGGAAUGAAUUAGAAUUGCAAUCACAAGGCUUAAAAUUGGCUACCGACUGCAAACAGUGUGACGGUGUGGCGGGUUGCUUAAAUCCUUGCGGAAUACCUCGGAUUCUUUUGCUUCCGCAGCUCCACAAUUGGGAACCGCCGCGGCCAGGUCUAAUAUCCGGCGCCAACUUGAUCCCCUUCACAUUUGACGAAACCGAAGUGCGCGAUUUCUUGUCUGUCGCUCACCCGCAGCUUCGGAAUCAUACCAAGCAAGAGACCAACGUUUCCACGACGGUGUGGGCGCUAGCAGCCUUGACUUCGUAUGGCGGCGUCUUUCUUGGGGAUCAGCGUCGCUCUAAGAUUGAUACAGCGAAUAAAGUCCUGUUUGGGGGUUCGAAUCGUGGGAUCCUUGAUAUAGCCUUACGAGAUACGCCGGUGGCCAUCGUUUCCCUAGAGAGAACUGGAACCGAUUUUCGUCUCAAGAUGCUGAUGACUACACCAAACCAUCCUUUCUUAGAAUGUGCUCUUGGCGAGUUGCAAGCAAUGAGCCUUUUAAACGUUCCACAACUGUGGAGAAUGCUCAUGGUCUCUAAAGAACCUUCGUUCUACGUCGAUGAAGGUUGGAAACGGGCGUUAAUAAAUUGCCCUGCAAAGAAAGAGACUGGAUGCUGUCACUCCAAUUCUUUGGUUUCCGUCACAGACGUGGCCGCGGAUUAUGAAAGCCAAAUGCUGAAAGUCGGCAAAAGUGUGGUAUAUGUGCAAAUAGUGAAAGAAGAGAUAUUGGAGGUUAGGUCAGCAAAAACAGCCCAAGUUGAAAUACAACAUACUUCGCGGGCAUCAACUGAACCCUCUACAAAGGUUCGGUUGGAAACGCUUUUGCGCCUUCAUAAAGCCGACCCAGGAUGGUUGUGUACUAGGUGCAUCAAGACUCCAUGGUACGGCUCCAUGGAAAAAUGUUCGUUCUUUUGUCCAACAAGGUACGAAGAACUCGUUUGUCGGUCUCCGGAUAAGCCUCCUAGACGCGAAGUCCCAGUAGAUGUGAAUGUUUUGGUUCCUUCCCAGCCAUCAGCCCAACGUAUUCCACGCAUUAUACAUCAGACCUGGUUUGAAGACCUCACGAUAGACCGAUACCCGCAACUUGUAAGGUUGCAAAACUCUUGGAAACAAAGCGGUUGGGAGUAUCGAUUUUACGACGAUGCCGCGGCAAAGGAGUACGUGAUCGAAAACUUCCCCUAUCACUUUGCUGAAGCUUUUGACAGUUUAAUUCCUGGAGCUUACAAGGCCGACUUUUUUCGGUAUCUUGUGCUGAUGAAGACGGGGGGUGUAUAUGCUGAUGUGGACGUUAUGCUCGACACAAAUCUUGAUUCAUUUAUCACUCCAUCCAUGUCCUUUUUUGCGCCAAGAGAUAUCGUGGGUGAAUACGCAGGACAGCCAUUUUGCCUUUGGAAUGGACUUAUCGGAGCCGCUCCAGGGCAUCCGUUUCUGAUACGAGCUGUUGAACGUCUUGUAAAUCUUAUCUUGGAUCGCUCAGACUUGUAUGACAUGGAACGCGAUAUUUGUCGAAGAUCGGAAAAACCGAUAGAGCUUUGGAAAGUGAGAGCAGAGCCUUUGCUGCUUUUUUCGGGGCCAUGCGCCCUCGGCGUUGCCGCAAACGAAGCUUUGAAUCGAUCGUCACUUGAGCCAUUUGAUAUAGGAUGGAUCAGCAUGGAAAAUCUUGGUUUCGGUGGGAAAGAUGAUCAUGGUGAUGCUCUGAUUUUGGUGGGCGACAAAUUUGACAUGGGCGCCUUUCGAAUUUCGGACCCGGAAAGAAAUUUUGUUGUUGCUUCAACAGACCUGGAUGGAGUGGAAAAAAAAGCAAGGAUCAUGGCGAAUCCAACGAUAGUCGAACGGAACUUAAAUGACACACGACAGAAGCAACUACCGCACUACAGUAAAACAGCAAAGGGAGUCUAUGUCUGGGGAAGUGCUCGUGUCUACAAAGACAAUGAAGUCGCCAACGAAAAAAUUAAGUUUUUCCCUCAAUACCAUGACGAGUAG